AUGACGAACUCAACCGGAAUCAAGAAGAUCCAGGUCAAGAACCCGGUGGUGGAGUUGGACGGCGAUGAGAUGACUCGCAUCAUUUGGAAGGAGAUCAAGGACAGGUUCAUUCAUCCCUAUCUCGACAUCGAGCUCAAGUACUACGACUUGGGUUUGGAGUACCGCGAUGAGACCAAUGACCAGGUCACUUUGGACGCUGCUGAGGCCAUCAAGAAGUACUCGGUCGGUGUCAAGUGCGCAACCAUCACCCCUGACGAGGCCCGCGUCGAGGAGUUCAAGCUCAAGAAGAUGUGGCUCUCGCCCAACGGCACCAUCAGGAACGUGCUCGGCGGCACAGUUUUCCGCGCUCCCAUUGUGAUUCCUCGCAUCCCCCGCCUAGUACCCGGAUGGAAGGCACCCAUCAUCAUUGGCCGCCACGCCUUCGGCGACCAGUACCGCGCAAAGGACCGUGUCAUUCCCGGCGAGGGCAAGCUCGAGAUGGUCUUCACCCCCAAGGGCGGCAAACCCGAGAGCAUCGAGGUCUUCAACUUCCCCGCUAGCGGCGGUGUCGCCCAGACCCAGUACAACACCACCGAGUCCAUUGAGGGCUUCGCCCACGCCAGCUUCAAGCUCGCCCUGGACAAGAAGCUCCCUCUGUACAUGAGCACCAAGAACACCAUCCUCAAGGCCUACGACGGCCGUUUCAAGGACAUCUUCCAGGAGAUCUACGAGAGCCAGUACAAGAAGGACUUCGAGGCUGCAGGGAUCUGGUAUGAGCACCGUCUUAUCGACGACAUGGUCGCCCAGAUGAUCAAGAGCGAGGGCGGCAUGAUCAUUGCCAUGAAGAACUACGACGGUGAUGUCCAGUCCGACAUUGUCGCCCAGGGUUUCGGCUCCCUCGGCCUCAUGACCUCUGUCCUCGUCACCCCCGACGGCAAGACGUUCGAGGCCGAGGCAGCCCACGGCACCGUCACCCGCCACUACCGCGAGUACCAGAAGGGCAAGGAGACGUCGACCAACCCCAUCGCCUCCAUCUUCGCCUGGACCCAGGGUCUCGCCAAGCGAGGCGAGCUCGACGGCACCCCCGAGCUUGUCGUCUUCGCCGAGCAGCUGGAGAAGGCAUGCAUCGAUACGGUUGACGUCGACGGCAUCAUGACCAAGGAUCUGGCUCUCGCCACCGGUCGCAAGGACCGCGCCGCCUGGGUCACGACCAACGAGUACCUGGAGGCGGUUGAGCGGAGGCUCAAGGCUAGCUUGAAGGAGAAGCUAUGA